CUUCACAGUGGAGACUGGAGAGGCGCCGAAGGGCAGAAGCCUCUCGAGCCGAGCACCCGAGGCCCAAACCCUAAACCCCCUGAGCUCCAAUGGCGGCGUGGCCGUCGGCGGCGGCUGCGGUGAUGGUGGUGGUGGUGGUGGUUCUCGCCGCGGCGGGGCGUGGUGCGGAGGGGAAGACGACGAUCGAGCCGUGCGCCGGGGCGGACACGUGCGCCGCGCUGCUCGGGUACUCGCUCUACGCGGACAUGAAGGUGUCCGAGGUGGCCGCGCUGUUCGGCGCCGACCCGAGGGCGCUGCUCGCGGCGAACGCCCUCGACUUCGCCUCGCCGGGCGCCGCCAACCGCAUCCUCCCCGCGGGGCUCCCCCUCCGCGUGCCCACCCGCUGCGCCUGCUCCGACGGCGUCCGCAAGUCCGUCGCCGUCCGCUACUCCGCGCGCCCCGCCGACACGCUGGCCUCCGUCGCGGACGUCGUCUUCGGGGGGCUCGCCUCCGCCGACCAGAUCCGCACCGCCAACGCGCUCUCCGCCGAGGACCCCGACGCGCCGCUCGAUCCCGGCGUGACGCUCGUCGUGCCGCUCCCCUGCGUCUGCUUCAACUCCACGGACAACAAUCUCCCCGCCGUUUACCUCUCCUACGUCGUGCGGGUCGGGGACACCGUGCAGUCCAUCGCCGCGAGCCACGCCACCACCGUUACGGACAUCAGCAAUGUGAACGCCAUGGGGAGCCCCAUUGUCGCACCUGGCGACAUCCUUGCAAUCCCAUUGCCAGCUUGUGCAUCAAUGUUUCCUAACUCUGCUUCGGACUAUGGGUUGCUUGUGGCAAAUGGGACCUAUGCACUAACUGCUGGAAACUGUGUGCAGUGCAGCUGUGGACCAGGAGAUCUCAAAUUGUAUUGCACACCAGCUUCAUUAACAGCAUCAUGUUCAAGUAUGCAGUGCCCCAAUAGCAACCUCAUGCUUGGCAAUGUGACUGCCCAAUCCACCACUGGUGGCUGCAAUGUGUCGUCUUGCAGCUAUGCUGGAUUAGUUAAUGGAACCAUUGCCACGUCCCUAUCCUCUGGUCUUCAACCCACAUGCCCAGGACCACAUCAGUUUCCCCCACUCAGGGCAACACCCAUUGCAGAAAACCAAGGAUCAUCCUUGGCUCCAGCGCCUUCGCCGGGACCUGGGGAGGCUGGCGGCGAGAUUCCGGGUUUCCCUGGCUCCAACAUCCCUCCUUCAAAUGGCCCUUCCGGGAGCGCCUCUCAGGCGGCUUGGGUGAAUCGGCCUCACCAAAUCGUCGCCCUCAUUCUUUCUGUAGCCUUGUGCUUCUAGAUGUGAAUUCGUGUGUAGACUGUAGAGUAAUUGUUGUUGUUGCCUGUUGUGUAUUUGAACAGGAGGCCCUCAUUGGGGCCUGGUGGAACCCUAAUGUCAUGGUCCUUUGUUUCGCC